GGGAGACACGUUUGAAGAGAGCCCUGGGUUUGGGUAGAGUGACUUCCAUUCACUAAAAUGGUAUUCCUGAACUGAAGAGGCUGGGGCUCAUUUCCACAACUGUGAAACAAUGAUAACCAAUGAAAGAGACCAUUUUUGGUUAGGAGGAAUUUCACGAAGUAAGUCUGAAGGAAAUUUGUUUGACAUGGAAGCUCAAAAAUCCUCAAGAAAUUUCCACUUUACAGAAUGUCCAGACCCAGGAUUUCUUCUCAAUUGGCCACAUCCUUUCCCACAUCAUGGCAAUAAUGCUUCCAAGGCUACAAAUCCAUUCUGGAAUGAACUGUCUGCUUCUAACCCAUUUUUGGAUGACAUAACUCAGCUAAGAAAUAACCGGAAAAGAGAUAAUAUUUCCAUCUUGAAGGAAGAUCCUUUUCUUUUUUUUAGAGAACUAGAAACUGGAAAUUCUUUUGAUUCCUCUGGUGAUGAGCUAGACGUGCAUCAGUUGCUUAGGCAGUCUUCCUUACGGACAUCUGGAAGAUCUAAAAGUGUUUCGGAACUUUUGGACAUUUUAGAUGACACAGCACAUGCCCAUCAGAAUAUAUAUAACUCUGGCCAGAUACUAGAACAAGACUUAGAAUGGCUUCAGAAUGAUAGAGAGGCUUAUAAAAUGGCUUGGUUAAGUCAACGCCAGCUGGCCCGUUCCUGCCUGGAUUUGAAUAUAAUUAAUCAGAGUCCCGGAUGGGCUCAAACACAAGUUGCAGAGACCAUGAUAGUUUGCAAAUUAAGCCACCAAGGAGGGUCAGUACAAUUACCUGAAUCAGAUAUCACUGUUCAUGUGCCCCAAGGCCAUGUAGCUGUGGGAGAAUUCCAAGAGGUGUCCCUAAGGGCAUUCCUUGAACCUCCACAAAUGCUUAAUGAUGAUCUUUCAUGCACUGUAAGCCCACUGUUGGAAAUCAUGUUAAGCAACCCUAACACAAUGGAAGCCAUUUUGCUGGAGAUGAAAAUAGGGGCUGAAGUGAGAAAGGAUCCUUUCAGCCAAGUCAUGACAGAAAUGGUGUGUUUACACAGCCCGGGUAAAGAAGGCCCUUUCAAAGUGUUAAACAACUGUUAUAUUUACAAAGACAUCAUCCAAGUCAAGCUAAUAGACUUGAGCCAGGUGAUGUAUCUCGUGGUUGCUGCACAAAUUAAAGCUACUCAGUCACCAGCUGCCACCAUUUGGGAUUGUAUUCACAAAACCACCUCAAUUGGAAUUUAUGGGCCCAGAUAUAUUCAUCCCAGUUUCACUGCUGUUUUCACAGUGUGUGGACACAGUUACAUGCCAGGAAAGCUUACAAUCUCUGAUAUUAAGAAGGGUGGAAAAAACACAUCUCCAGUUGUGUUUCAGCUCUGGGGGAAGCAUUCAUUCUCACUUGACAAGCCACAAGAUUUAAAUAUUUCUGUUUUCUCAUGUGAUCCUGAUUUUGAAGUAAAAGCAGAAGGAGAAAGGAAAGAAAUUAAACAAAAGCAGUUGCUAGCAGGCGAAGUAGUUAAUCAACAAUUUUUAUUUUCCUUAAUUGACUCUGGAGAAAUGCACUUGUUUGUUUUCCGUGUUCAGGUGGAGCCUCCCAAUGGUAGAGCAGUUACACAAUUCUUUGUCACUACACCUGAUCCAGCUCCAAACCUAAAAAGGCUCUCAAAUCUGCCAGGCGAUAUGCAGGAAGAGAAGAAAAUCAAGUCCACUCCAUUAUUACCAAGAGCGUGUGUGAAAUAUCCCACAUUUCAAGACAAAAAAAUGAACUUUACCAACUAUGGGGUAACCCUGAAGACAGUGCUAAGACAAAGAAAGAUUGACUAUUUACUUGAAUAUUUCAAAGGGGACACAGUAGCUCUUAUUGGAGAGGGUAGGGUAAAAGCCAUUGGGCAGUCCAAGGUGAAAGAAUGGUAUGUGGGAGUCCUGAGAGGUAAGGUUGGACUUGUACAUUGCAAAAAUGUCAAGGUGAUUGCAAAAGAACAAGUAAUAUCUAUGUCCCAUAAUGUCUUCACCACCAGAAAUCUUCUUGAACAAAUUACCCUACCCUUUAAAAAACUGACUUACAUAUACUCAGUUGUAUUGACUUUGGUGUCAGAAAAAGUUUAUGAUUGGAAAGCUUUAGCUGAUGUCUUGGGUUACUCACAUCUGGCACUAGAAGACUUUGAUCAAAUGCAAGCAGACAAAGAGUCAGAAAAAGUUUGCUGUAUUGUAAAGAAGUUAAAGGAAGAUUGCCAUGCAGAUAAAAAUACCAGGAAGUUUCUUUAUGAACUUAUUGUGGCUCUGCUGAAGAUGGAUUGCCAAGGGUUAGUAGCACAUCUCAUCCAAGAGGCUGCUAUUCUGACUUCAGCUGUCAAGCUUGGAAAAGGCUGGAGGGAAUUAGCUGAAAAGUUAGUACGACUCACGAAGCAACAGAUGGAGGCAUAUGAAGUUCCUCACCGAGGAAAAGCUGGAGAUGUUGCUGUUGAGAUCCUGGCCAGGUGUGAAUGCCAGUCCACAGCGAGAACACCACUUACGUGGGUUAUGCUCAGCAGCGAGGUUGCAGAUUUGGAGUCAGGGAGAAAGCGGCAUAGGUGCCAGUGUCUGACACACUAAGAUUUCAGUUGUAUCUGCUGUUCCCCAGGCCAUGUCCAUCUUUUCUUUCUUCCGGCCCGACCUAUGACUUCAGGCUCAGCACCAAGACAGAAGAAGGAGCCAGCCAAGACCUUGACCAGCUCUCACAAAUGCGGAAGGUCAAAUCACCAUAAUAAAUCUUUAGUGUACAUUAUUGCUGAUAGUUCUGCUUUUCUGAACGAACGCUGAUUAAUAGAGAGGACAAGAGAGUAUUUCCUGAUCAGCUCCCAAGAAUGGUCCCUCUGAUUGGACCAAUUUAGGUGUGGUGCUCAUCCCUCAGCCAAUCGCGGAAAGCUGUAACCAGUGGUCAUUUGAUUGGCCAGAAUGGGUCUCAGGCACCUCCUUUGACAAUACCUCGGGAGCACCAGGUUCGGGAGUCGUUGCUCACCAGGUGAAAUCGAAAUGCUUUUGGAAAUGGAAGGAGAUGAAUGCUGGGGAGGCCAACAGCAAUUUUUCACCAAUUAUGUGAGGUGAGAUUAACCUCUGCACUAUUUCCUGUAGCAGGAAAACUUUCUCCUUCAGGUGUAAUUCAAGAAGCUAGUCAUCUGAAUCCUUCUUGUGAGACUGGUAAUGGGCCUGCUUUUAUAAACGAAUGCACUAAAUCAAAUGCUAAGUAAAUGGAAUGUGACCAGACGUAUCUAUCCUGUAUGUACGACUUUGUAAAUUGCUGAUGACACGGCGGAGCCAUUUAAAACUCCAUCAAGGCUAUGAGUUCACCUGACCCAGGAGGUCCAGGGGCAGAUCUAUUCCUUCUAAAUCCUCACUCUCCAAGUAGGACCCAUAACCUAGUAGAAUCACCUCACCUGCUGCCAGAAAGAAGCUGAUUAGGAGAGAGGGAUAGAGGAGUUCCCAGAAUGACUGGUUGAUGAAACUGUAAAGUCAGGAUUGGGUGGCAUCACCUACCAGACUAAAACAGUGUGGCAAAUCUUUUGAAUAUUCUCUGAAUGCAAUUAUAAAAGCAAGCCCAGGGUCAGUGGUAUUUCUAUCUUUCUCAGCCAUCUGACUUUUCACUGGAGACUUUUAUCUCCUCUUUUGAAUCAAUAGUAACUUCUAAAUGCUACCCAAGGGGAAAGUAGAACAGCAAUAUGAACAAGGUGAAUUAGAUGAUUCCAAGACAUCAGUGAAAAAAUGGGCCAAAUUAA